AUGCGAUUCACUGAGCUUAUUGAAGAACGCCAGAAUGUUUCACAGGAGGGAGGGCAAAAUAAUUUAACUGGAGUAUCAGGUCAAGCUGGGAAUCGUGCUAGCACUUCUGUUAUCAUUGGGACAUCAGAGCUUGAACAAAUGUUGAACCAGAUGACCUUUACUAGUUCUGAAAUCCAACGCUUGACAGCAUUGUUGCAUUCAAGAGCUUGUGAUAAUGUUGUUGUCGAACGCGAUGUUCCAAUGACACCAAUGGCUUCACCACAACAGACAACAAGUAUAGAGAACCUUUCGGGUGAUCUUCUGUCAAAAAUAUUCAUCCUCUUAAUGGCGAAACAGCUUGCUCAAAUGAGGUGUGUCUCCAAAUCUUGGAAUGCCCUCUUAUCUGAAUCCUCCUUUAUAAAAUCCCACCUCCAUCAUUCCAUCAAUAACAACGAUCAAAUUCUCGUAGUCUUCUGCAACAAUCUGUCUAUAAACCACAAACUGUUCACCUCAUACCUCUAUCCGACUCAAUCCCCCCAUCGCGUACUCGCUAAUUUCAUCAAAAUCCCCCGGGUCAAGCCUGGGUAUACUUAUCGUAUGAUCAAAAUUAUCGGUUCUGUUCACGGCUUGAUAUGCUCUAGUUAUGGUGAUUCUGUCAUUCACAUUUGGAAUCCCUCUCUCCGUGCUGAGUCAACUCUCCCCCCAUAUUCUUUCCCCUAUUGCGGUUGUUAUGAACUCUCUUUCCGCUUUGGGUUUGAUCCCAAAACUCAGGAUUACAAAGUUGUUAAGAUUACAGGCCUUACUGGACCGGAGCAAACAUCAACAUCAGAAGAAGAAGAAGAAGAAGAAGACGAUGUUCCUAGUUUUCGGUGUCUCAUCAAAAAGUGGCUGCAGGUUGAGAUUUACAGCAUGAGAACGGGCUCAUGGAAGUUAAUCACUCAAAGGUUUCCAUCUCAUAUCAGGAGGAUUUUCGAUAAUGAUAAGGCCUGUGUAGAUGGCCAUGAUGGGCGUCUUCAUUGGUUUGGUCAUACUAAUGAGAGAAGCUUGAUUCAGAGGUGA